CGGAGCCUGCGCAGGGCGGUGCCGCGCAGCGCGGGCCGCGGGAGCGGGAGCCGCAGCCGGGAGCGCGCCGCGGAGCCGAGCAGAGCCCGCCGCGCGCAGCGCCGGGCAGCGGAGGAGCCGAGGAGCGGAGCAGCGCCUGCCGCGUAGCCGAGGAGCGGAGGGGAGGCCGAGGAGAAGCCGAGCAGAGCCCGCCGCGCGCCGGGGAGCGGCUCCACGGAGCAGAGCCCACCGCCUGCCAGUCCGUUCGCCCGCGCCCUGCUGCUCCCAACGCCGCCGCCGCCCCGGAGCCCCGCAGCGACUGGGACACGGGUCUACGUGGAAUUUGAUGACCUUGAGUGGGAUAAACGGGAGUGGGUUAGAGUUUAUGAAGAUUUUUCAACUUUCUUGGUGGAAUAUCACUUAAUCUGGGCCAAAAGGAAGGACCCUAGCCAGACUCAGGGAUCAAAGAGCAGACAAAUUCAGUGGCCUGCACUGAGGGGGAAGGAAGGAUAUCAUAUUGUGAGAAUCAAAGAGGGGCCUAUGAGAUGUUCAGAAUGUAAAGGCACGUGUCAUCAAACCUAACACCGUGAAUUUGAUACGGGAUCCAGUAUGGUGAAGAGAGACAGGACCCCACACGGUGCCCUCUGACCUCCACAUGCAUGCCACAGUACAUGUGCACCUACAGCCACAGGCAAUCUCGGCCAACUCUCCAUGCAAAUAAUAGGAAUAAAUCUAAUUUGAAAAUGAAGUCAUUUAUACUCUGGUUUAUUAAUUUAGUUACUAUGAAGUUAGUCUUAAAAUACAUUUUAAAUGUAGAAAAUGUAUUCAAUUCAUCCAGUGUUUGUUAAAUACCAUGUUGGCAUAAUAGAAGUUAUAGACACAAAUUACCUGCAGAAAUUGGUAUAGUCUUAUUUAAAAAAAAAAAAAAAGAGUCCUCCGAUGUUCAGUAAUUUCAGGAUAUUUGUUAAAUAUUCUUGGAGAAAUUAUUUAGUUUUAAAAAGUAAUUAUAGAGACAGGGGUGAUGGCUCAAUGUAUUAAGGCCCUUACCGUGCAACCAAGAGUGGCACCUACUGUAACCUUACACUUGGGAGCAGGGAGCUGCUUCUUAUAUUCUACAAGGGAGACUGCCUGCUUCAAUAAACAAAGUGGGCAGCAGUUGAUCAAAACAACGAACUUUUACGUUGCACCCAUACAUACUUGUAUAUACACACUUAUACCAUAUACAAAUACUCAUGAAAAGUAUUUUUUUUUUUUUAAAGAUUUAUUUAUUUAUUAUAUGUAAGUACAUUGUAGCUGUCUUCAGACACUCCAGAAGAGGGAGUCAGAUCUCGUUACGGAUGGUUGUGAGCCACCAUGUGGUUGCUGGGAUUUGAACUCUGGACCUUCGGAAGAGCAGUCGGGUGCUCUAACCCACUGAGCCAUCUCACCAGCCCGAAAAGUAUUUUUUAAAGAAAUGAUAAAUACGCAUAUAGCAUAGAGGAAUAAAUUGAAAUUAAAACUCUAAAUCCUGCUUACUUUGGAGUAAGAGUUAUAUAUUUUAGAAGUGUUGUUAAAUAAUAAAUAUCAGUUAUGAUUAUGAAAAUUGUGUUUGAAUUUUUAAAAUGUGGUUUUUGCAGAUCCUCCCUCUUCUCUUAAAAAAAAUCAAAAGUAAAAACAAGCAAAACAAACCUCCAGGGUCUGUCUACGAGGCUCUGUCUGGCCUGGAAUCCACCAUGCAUACCAAGUUGGUCUCACACUCUCAAAUCCUCUCUGCCUUUCCACUGCUGGGAUUAAAGGUGUAUAUCACCACACCUGGUAAAAAAAACAGUCAUUGACACGACAGUAUUGUCUCCUGUUAUUUAUGUUGGAAGUAAUUUUCUUCAAAUAGUUAUUUUCAUAUAGUUAUUUAGUUUUCUGGUAAUAAAUUGAUAGUUUUAUUUUUGUUUUGCUAAUAUAUUAUUUUCACUCUGUUAUCACUACAGAGAACUAAAAUUUUACAGUGCAAAUGACAGCUUAAGCUAUAACAAAAAUAAUAGUAAGGUUUGCUUCUUAGAAAGCUCUUGACUGUUUCAUGGUUUGUGUGUAAUGUAUAUUGGACAUGCUCAUCUUCUUUGCUUUGUCCCACCUCUUCUGAGUUUUUAAAGUCUGUUUGAGUUACCUGUUCGCUUUUAGAUUUGCAUAAUUUAUGUGACUAUAGAUAUCACCUAGUUCUUCCUUUUUGGAAUAGUGAAGUUGAAAAAGAAUAAUUAGAAGUUAUCUAUCUGCAUGUACACCUGUGUGCCAGAAAAGGACAUUAGAUCCCAUAACAGGUAGUUGUAAGCCACUAUGUUGUUGCUGGGCAUUGAUCUCAGGACCUCUGGGAGAGCAGCCAGUGGUCUUAACUUUUUAGCUGUCGCUACAGUGCUAAUUAGAAGUAAUUAAUUAGAAGUAAUUAAUUCACUAUAUAAUAUACUAAGAACCAGACUCUUAGGUUAAAUUUCAAAUCAUGACCACUAUUUUGUGAGUAUCUGGGCUACUCACAAAAAAUAAUAAUGUAUUUAUUUUCUGUAUAUCUCAUUUUGUUCAUUUAUAGUACAUACUUCAAAAGACUUAAAAAUUAAGCAAGAGCUGGGCACUCGGGAGGCAGAGGCAGGUGGAUUUCUGAGUUCGAGGCCAGUCUGGUCUACAAAGUGAGUUCCAGGACAGCCAGAGCUACACAGAGAAACCCUGUCUCCAAAAAAAAAAAAAAAAAAACCAAAAAACAAACAAACAAAAAAACAACAAACAAACAAACAAACAAAAAAGGCAAGAAAAUAUGUAGCUAAAAAUUGAGAAUAGUGUUGGAACGAGUUUUGCCGUAUGCAGUAGUCUUUGAAGGGUGUCUUUACAAGGGUAUACUUAACUUCUGAUCCUGUUUCUUCUUGAUGGCUUCCCAGAACUAUCACAGGGUCUAUGAUCUCCUGGAACUCAUAGAACUUACUGAACAUUUGUAAAUACUCAAGCCUACCUUUGCAAUUCGAGGGUUUUCAGCUGGCAUGUACUCCUAGCUCCUUGGAAAAGGAAGGUGUCAGGGUAAGGACAGAUUCCAUCAGAGUUCAAAUGGCCAUGGGGUCAGACCCAUCCACCCACCUCAUGCCAAAACAGUUUAUUCUCCUAUAGUCAUGUGUGUGCACGUGUGGAGUUGGUUGUGGAGGCCAACAGGCCUAGGCUGACCCUGGACCUGGACUUGCAGGUAGUGUGAGCUACUUGAUACAGAUGCUGGAAACUGAACUCUGAUUCUUAGAGCAGUUUCUGAGCCGUCUCUCCAGUUCUUUCAAAAGUAAUUUAUAAAAUGUUUUAGUACUUUUCAGUUAAAAAGAAUGUUACUUAUGUGUGUGAAAGUGUACAUGAAUGUCAUCAGGUGUGUGGGAGUCAGGAGACACCUGGCAGAGUUCUCUUUUUGUAUUCUGUGGGCUUGGCAGGACCUGUUCUCAUCGUCAGACUUGGGAGCAAGCAAGCACCUUACCUGUUCAGCCAUCUCACAGACCCUGAUUGUGAUUUUAAAGACAUUGCUGUGUUGGUAAUAUAGGUGUAUAUUUCCGAUAGUUGUUAUGAUAUAUAUGAAUUUUACUUCUUUUAAUAUUUAAAAAAUGAUUUAUUUAUGUGUGUCUAUGUAGAUAUAUGUAUAUGAGUGCAUGUUUCAAUAUAGGACAGAAGAGGUAGUCAUAUCCCUGUUUUCUGGGGCUAUGGGCACUUGUAAGUCACCAGACAUAGAUAUUGGGAAUUGACUCCAGAUCCUCUAGAAGCCCCCAUCUGAUUGUUCCUUUCCCAUCCAAAUACAUAAUAUGUGGGCAUGCGCGCGCGCGCGCGCACACACACACACCUUUUUAAGGUCAGGUGUUCAAAUUCAUGACAGCCAUGUGAGAGGGAGCAGCACGCUAUAGUUGGUGCCACCCCUAGGCAGAUGGGCCUGGGGUGUAUAAGAAAACAAGAUGAUCAAGUCAUGGGCAGCAAGCCGGUAAGCAUGGCCUUUACUUCAGUUUCUGCCUCUAGGUAUCUUACCUGUUGCGUUCCCCUAAUCUGGCUUCUUAGAUGAUAGACAUGUAGAAGUCUUAAGAUGAAAUUAGUUCUUUCCUCUCCAGGUUGGUCUUGGUUAUGGUGGUUUUAUUUGUCAUAGCAUUAUAAACUGUAACUAGGACACCUGAGUUGCAUCUUUGUGAACUAAGUGGCAAGUUGUUUUUCUGCCAUUCACAUCUGUGCUGUGUGUGUUGGAUUUGUUUUUUGUUUUUUGUUUUCAGCUAUUUCCUGAUAGAGGUUUUUUUUUUUUUUGAGACAGGGUUUCUCUGUGUAGCCCUGGCUGUCCGUGGUGCUCACUUUGUAGACCAGGCUGGCCUCGAACUCAGAGAUCCGCCUGCCUCUGUCUCCCUAGUGCUGGGAUUAAAGGUGUGCACCACCACGCCUGGCUUCCCCUGAUAACAGUUUUUAAAACAGUAUUCGUGGGGGAUCUGAAAUGAGAUCUCUAAACACACAACUACUGAAAUGGGCAAUGCCAAUGUGUCUGUCAGUACUUGUCUUACCUCCUUUUCAUAAGUCUUAAUGCUUCAUGUGUAGAACAUGAACUAGAUUUAAACAACACCACCUGACCACUAGCCAAACCGAACUAAAAGAAUAAAAAUACCCAAACCAGGGGCUGGAGUGAUGGCUCAGAGGUUAAGAGUACUGGCCGCUCUUCCAGAGGUCCUGAGUUCAAUCCCCAGCAACCACAUGGUUGCUCACAACCAUCUGUAAUGGGAUCUGAUGCCCUCUUCCAUGCAGUUUUACAUGCAGAUAGAGCACUCAUACAUAAAUAAAUUUUAAUAAAAUAUCCAAACCCACAUGUCAUUUUAGAUGAAUCUGCAAAACUAAAGAAAUAUCAUUUAAGGGCUGGAGAGAUGACUCAGCAAUUAAAAACACUGACUGCUCUUCCAGAGGUCCUGAGUAUAGUUCCCAGCAACCACAUGGUGGCUCACAACCAUCUGUAAUGGAAUCUUGAUGCCCUCUUCUGGUGUUUCUGAAGACAGCUACAAUGUACUUAUAAAUAAAAUAAAUAAACUUUUUUUUUUAAACAGGAAAUUAUAUAAGUGCCUUUUUAGAAUGUUUCUAGUAAGUGACGUCAGGAAAACAUAGUUAAAUUUUUAUUGCUGUAAAGUUUGAUUUCAAACUCAGAAGUGUCUUACUGAGAGACCUUCUAGUAGAUUACACAUGAUGACUUUACCUAGGUAUUGUUUCAGCUUUGCAGGGUGAGCUAGAAUGAUUAUGCACACCGACUCCCCAGCCUAAUACACCUGAUAGGUGUCGUGAUUGACUAUCAUGAUUGGUUUGUCUGGAGUUAGAAUUCCCUGGGAGUUAGAUCCUGAGCUUGUGUGUCUGAAGGCAGGUACAGUGUGCUCAUAUAUAUAAAAUAAAUCAUUCUUUAAAUAGAAAAGAAAAAAAAAAGGAAUAGGAUGAGCUGAUAAAAUUUAAUCCACAGUAAUGUGCUAUUAUAAAAUUUAUCAUAAUCCGUAGCUCUACAAAAAGAUGAAGACAGGCUGGAGAGAUAGCUCAGCGGUUAAGAGCACUGACAGCUCUUCCAAAGGUCCCAAGUUCAAAUUCCAGGAACCACAUGGUGGCUCACAACCACCCAUAAUGAGAUCUGAUGCCCUCUUCUGGGGUGUGUACUUACAUAUAAUUAAAUAAACCUAAAACAAAAAAGAUGAAGACAAAAAUUUCUCUAAUAUUUGUGUAUAAGCCAAGUGGUAGUACUGGAGAUGUACACCUUUAAUCCCAGCACCUGGGAGGCAAAUGCAGAUGGAUCUCUAUGAGUUUGAGGUCAGCCUGGUCUACAGAGUGAGUUCCAGGACAGCCAGGGCUACACAGAGAAACCCUGACCCGAAAAAACAAAGGGAGGUGUCCAGGGGGUUGAGUCCUCCAAGUUGUCUUUUGACCUCCAUACAUGGUUUGUGCUCUACAUAUCAACACAUACAACAGUAAAAUUUAAGAAUACAAUAUAUACGGAUAUGUGGCUGAGAAGUAAAGUAAUUAUUAGAGUUCACUCAACUCCAAUUAUAGCCAAUAUGAUUUUUCCAGUGGAAAUGCUACUAAAAGUUUCAUGGCUAGUACUUGAAAGGAUUAUUGCUUUUAGUUGGAUACUUUUAAAAGAUUCUUGAUAAGCAGUUUUAUAUGCCGUAGCAGAUAUAGCUAAAGAAAUAUACACAUUUAUACAUUUUAAAGUUUGGCAGUAAAUAUAUGCUCAAAUCACAUAUGUGGUUUUUGGUUUUGUUGUUGUUACCCAGAUUAAAACUACUAAGGAAUUGCCAUUUAUGAUCUCUGGUUCUUCCCCACCUAUUCCAAGCUCUCAGUGGUCUUAAUACAUAGUUGGUAUUCCUGUUGUAGCAAAUGAUAUCAAUAAUAAGUUAAUUUUGCAUCUUAGACAAAAGAAUUUGACAUUUAGUAUUCCUGCCAACCUAGAAAAAAAAACCCAGUUUACUAAUAUGAAUGUUUAAUUAAAAUACACUAUUUUUAUUUCUUUUUGAGAAUGUUUGUAGUUUGAGUUUAGACAGCUGUUCCCCUCCCCUCCCCUCCUCUCCCCUCCCCUCCCCUUCCCUCCCCUCCCCCUCUAUUCUCCUUUUCUUCUUUUGUUCAAACUCUGGCUGUGAAUCCUAAAUUCUCAUUCUCUCAGAUGUAGCCUGCAGUCUGAGAAUGUCUGUCUGAAAAACCAGAGACAGCCUUAUGCCCAAACUUCUGUUACCAGUGCCUUUUGAUAUGCAAUAUGAAUUAUUUUGUUUAAAUUCUUGAUAAUGGCAACUGCAGUAGCUAACUUCACGUUUUAAAUAGUGUUCAAAAGCUGCAAAUUCAUGGAAUAUUUAAUUUUGGGAGGACUCAGUUUGGCACUACAAGAAAACAUUUUAUUUGUCCUUUACCUGCCCGUAGUUCUAGCCUGUGAAUGCUGAAGCAGGCCGAUUGCAAGCACAGUGUUGUAGUCUACAUAGUAAGUUCUAGGAUAACUUAUGGCAAGUAAAUCUGUAAGAAUAUUAUUUUCAAAUAUCACAAUCAUAGAAGUCUAGUUUUUUAUUUUGCUUUUUGUUUGUUUUUUGGGGGGUUGUUUUGUUUGUUUUGUUUUUGUUUUUUGUUUGUUUGUUUGUUUUCUGGUUUGGUUUGGUUUUUGGUUUUGGCUUUGGGUUUUUUUCAAGACAGGAUUGAGACAUGACAGCGCCAGGAUAAAAGACAUGUGCUACCACUGCCUGUCAAUUUAAACACAUUGAGAAAGUGAGUUCUGACCAAAAAGAAUAUGUACCGUCUAACAAUCUUGUUCACUGCCUAGGUAGGUGCACUACUGUGAGCUAUAUCCUCAGCCUCAGAGAUCAAAAAUUAGUGUUGCAUACAAUACCUAUAGAGAAUGAGAACAUGAUGGAUGUAACUCAAGUGUUGGGGAGUAGAGACAAGUAACCUCUAUAGCUCAUUGGCUAACCUGUUUAGCUGAAAGGAUAGGCUCAAGUUUAGUGCAGGACCCUGUCUCUAAAAGUAAGAUGGAAAACAAUAAAAAAAGAUAACUGGUGCGCCCCGUCCCCCCUCCCCAGUCAGGGUGCAUACCAGUGCAUGCAUGAGAGUGCACACAGCACAUGGACUUGUGCACAAAUUCUAUUGAGCUUUUUUUGCAGGGGGGAUGGGGAGCAGAGAGGCCAAUGUAACCAUAGGCCAUUGAUCUAGCAAUUUUAAGUUUAAAAAGGUACUCCAAAGGUAACACUUUUGGAGGAAAUUAAAUAUCUUACUAAGUUGCAGUUAGGCAUGAGUUACUGUGCUUUUUUUUUUUUUUUUUAAAUCAUUAAAAUGUCAAUGAGCCGACAGAACUGUUAAAUAAGAUAUUAUGAAGAAAGGGGGGGGAGGUGGAAUUGGUGUUCAGUUGGUAGACUAUUUGCCUAGAAUGCACAAGACGCUGGGUCCGUUGCCAGUACCACAUGAGUUGAUGUGGUGGUGCAUGCCUGUAAUUCCAGCACCUGGGAGGUGGAGGUAGAGGGACCAGAGGGUCAGGAGCAUCCUUAGCUGCAUAAUGAGUUCAAGGCCAUUUUGGGGUAUAUGAAAUUCUGUCUCAAAAUGAAAUGAAAUAUAAUAAAAUAAGAAUCUGCCUAAAUAUGGUGGUGCAUGUCUUUAAUCCCAGCUGUCUCUCAUUUCCAGCCCAGCCAAGGCUACAUAUGGAGACUCUGUUUCAGUACCCCUUACCUCUCACCAAGACAAAUACAAAGUGUCAUAGAAAGGAGAUAUGUAAACAUGGUGUGUGGUGACUGUUUAGAAGGCAUUUGUGACAACAGAUUCAUAGGAACUUACUUUUGUUUCCUCUCAGGAAAUAGCUUAGUAUUUGAUAAUCCUGUGUUUGAGAUGACUUUACAGAAUAUAGAACAUAACUAUUGUGGAUAGUAGUGAGAAUUGAUUAUGCAAGUGUUUCUUGCAUAAAUAUUAAAAUUUUCCCUCUUGGUUAGAACUAAAAUAUAAUAUUGUUUGCAUGUUUGUAAGGAACUUAGUCACAAAUGUUGUGAAAAUCAAGUUUCUAUGUUUUGAGGUACCUCUAAUCAACUGAUUUUCCAGUGAGACUCAAAAAUGAGAGCAAGACUGUAUUCAAGAUAAUGAAGCUAGUUAUACUUUAUAAUGGUACCAGCCUUGUAAAUGCUUCUGACAAUGUUACAAUCUUUUCACAGGUCGGUGAUGUUAGGUGUGUCUGUGAGACCCUGUGUUGUCUCAGUGCUUCUUUCUGUACACUGUAAUGUUCCAGUCACAGGAGUCACAGUUCAUGAGGCAAGAACAACACAGCUGGUAUCAUGGUACUCAGGAGGCAGAGGCAGGUAGAUCUCUGAGUUUGAGGCCAGCCUGGUCUACAGAGCAAGUUCCAUGAUAACCAGGGCUACACAGAGAAACCCUAUCUUGGAAAAGCAACAACAACCACCAAAAAGCGAAAACGGAAAUACAUGACAUUCUCAUCAUCUGUAGUCACUUUCUUGUGCCAUAGCAUAGUCGUCUUAACUUUUUAUAAACUUUCCCACAAUCUGCCACCUCCCCAGAUUCCUAUAACCACCAUUUUUCUUCUCAGCUUCUGUGAGAUCAAUUUAUCAAGGUUUCAUAUUAGAUUGGGAUUAUGCAGCAGUCCCUCUUUUAGCACUUCUUCUCCUGUGCCUGACUUGCUUAACUUGCCAUGAUCAUAGUGAUUUCUACUUCACUUCAUGAUACAGCAAAUGGCUAAUCUUCAGCCAUUCCUUUUUGGGGGGAUUGUCUAGUAUUCUGCUAUGGUUUCCACAUUACAUUUCUUUCUCCAUUCACCAACUGACAUCAUUAGAGACACAGAGGUUCAUUUCUUUUCUUGGCUAUUGUGAUUGUGCUGAAAUGAGCUUGGGAACUCAGAUGCUUUCUUGACCUGCUGAUUUCAUUUUCUUUGGGUAAAACAUCAGUAAUGAGAUUUCUGGACUAUGUGAUAAAUUCCCUUUCUAAUUUUUGAGUAAAUCUUAUACUGCUUUUUUUUAGAGUUAUACUGAUUUGCAUUUGGGUCAAUCAUGUGUUACCAUUCUCCUUCCCUCCCCAUAGCCUCACUUAGUAUUGCUUAUUCCUAUUUUAAUAUUUGCUUGUUUGGUUUGAUGUUUUGAGAUAGAUUCUUGCUUUGUAACCCAGACUGCACUUGAAUUUGAGUCCUACCUCUGAAUGUUAAGUGCUUGAAUUCAAAUACACACUAACCUGCUUCUGCUGGAAGAGCUCCCCAGUUCUCCUCCUCCUGUCUCUUCCCAGUCAGGAGACUGGUUGGUUUCUUCCUUUCCUUUUUCUUUUUUUAAAAACACACUUCUCACUUCUUUUUCGUUUUCUCUCUUUUCUUCUUUUCCUUUUCCUUCCUCUCUCUCUCUCUCUCUCUCUCUCUCUCUCUCUCUCUCUCUCUCUCUCUUUCUUUCUUUCUUUCUUUCUUUCUUUCUUUCUUUCUUUCUUUCGACAGUAUCAAGUAGUCUAGGCCAGUCUCAAAAAUUUUUGUGGCUAGAUAUGGCGCUAAAGGCUGGCUUACCUUGGUGAGUUAUAGGCUGGUCUACAUAGAGUUCAUGGACAGCAAGAACAACUCAUCUGGGUAGGCUAGAAUGGCCAUGCAGGUCUGGUCUGCCUCCCAUUGCUGGAAUUACAGGAUCAAGGCACCAUACCCAACCCCAUGUUCUGUACUUUUCUGAAGGAGAAUAAGGAAGAGCAUGGUUUUGAUGCAAUUGUGUAUUUCUGUGCCUUAGAGAAAGGCCUCUUCAGUUUCUGUUGUCCAGCUGUAUGUCAUGUUAUUUUAUAUAUUGCUGUGGUGCUGUUUAAGUUAGCCCUUUCAUUCUAAUUUUUAAUAGCAUGUUAUUUCCUAGGGACUAGUCAAGGGCAUUUUUCCCUUGAUAACCUUUUAAGUUUCGAACUGUUUUUACAUAUACUUAAUGGUAGUAUUUCUAAGACAUUAUGACAAAUAUAGAGAAGAAUGUUAAGAGAUACUUCUUACAGCCCAGAGUUUUGUAGAGGUACAUGGACAAAUACAUUUAUUUUAUUGUGGUUUAUUAAAAAUCGAAACAAGGUACAAUGGCUACAGCUGAAAAUAAUUUCAUGUAGUAAUUGAAAAUCCAAAGAAAAGGCUUUUUGUUAUAGACCUUGAAAAGAAAGAGUUAAUUGAAAUUUCAUAGAUGUAGGAAAACAUCUCAAGCUACAGAGAGGAGAAUCAGUGUGAAGGAAUAGAUAUCACUUAGGGAUUUGAUGUGUUUAGUCAUUACAUGUUGCUAAACAAGGAUGAAGGGCUGGACACACUUGAAGUUUAUAAUUUAAAAGUGAUUUGUUAGCAUGUAAAGUGGAACAUGUGUAUGGAACACUGGAGGCAGUGAUAUCGAUGUAUAUUUUAGUAUCAGUUGGAAGGGGAGCAGUAAAUGCCAGGGGAUACAUGAAAACUAAAAAGGUAUGUGGCCAAGUAGCUGCAGUGGAAGAGUGUCUGCGUCCAUUCACGAUGUCUUAGGUUUUAUCCUUAGUACCACAAAAGUGUUCAUAAUGACAUCUGCCUGUGAUCUUGUCACUGGGGAGGGGGUGUCAGGAAGAUAAGUUCAAGGUCAUUCACAAAAAGAAAGGGAAAAAGGUCACAAAGCAUUAUGUUGGUAUAGUGAUCUAAGGGGAAAGGGACCUAAAUGUGACGGAUUUCUGACUCUAGCUAGUAUUUCCAGCCGUCAUGCGUCAGUGUAUUGGUAUUAGCUAAGCAUUGAGGAGGAAAGCCAGCAUAUUUAAAGAUAGAGUUUACUGUAAAAGUAUAUACUUUAACAAUACUUUACCUUAAUUAAAAAAAUGAAAUGUCCUAGACUUAAACUUGACUUCACAGUUUUUAAAUAUUGGAGUUACUGUUUACUGAUGUUGUAUGGAAAAUGUAACCUAAUGGAGUGAUCCCUGCCAUGUGCAAAGGCCUCCAUGCCAAAAGUCCAAAUCCAAGCCCUGGAAUUUUACACCAGUUCAAAAUGUAUGUAGGAUGAAACGAGCCAAUCAAGAGAUAAUAAGCCAUGGGCUUAGAGAAAAUAUUUGCAGUUUACGUCUUGUAGAAGACUGUUACUUUAACUAUACAAAGAACUAUUUUUUUUAUUUAUUUUUUGGUUUUACAAGACAGGGUUUCUCUAUGUAACCCUGGCUGUCCUGGAACUCACUCUGUAGACCAGGCUGGCCUCAAACUCAGAAAUCUGCCUGCCUCUGCCUCCCAAAUGCUGGGAUUAAAGGCGUGUGCCACUACUGCCUGGCACAAAGUACUUUUAAACUCUACAGUAAUGAAAACUUUGAUUAAAAGUGGGUAAAAGAUAUGAAUAGAGACUUUACCAAAGAAGAUAUAUAAAUAAGCAUGUAAUAAAAUGAUAUAUACCAUACCAAAUUGCAAAUUAAAAUAAAAAUUAAAAUGGACACCCUACAUAGAUACUAAGAAGGCAGCUCCAGCAAACAGUGCAAGGAUGAGAGUCAGGGAAGGCUCACACGCUGUUGUGAGCCCGUUAUCCUACAGUGUACCACUUUACCACAAUCUGGGUGUUGAUGAUGGGAGGUGGGACUUUAACUUGUAUAAGGCAGGAGAUGCUUGGCAACCCUUUUAAAUGUUGGUAUGGAUGUAAAAACUAUUCUAAGAGCUAAUGGCUACUAACACUGAAGAGACUGCUGAGCACAGGUGAGGUCCUGGGUCCCACCCACUCAUUACUAAAAGAAGGGAUAGCAUCCAUGAAAAUAGUUGUCAUGCCUUGUUUGAAUCCACAGAAAAAGCCAUUGUGAUACUGUAGCAAAUUUACAGUUUUGAAGUAGAUAUGAAAAUAUUUUAUGGUUGGGGUCACUACAACAUGAGGAGCUGUAUUAAAGGGGCACAGCACAGGAAGCAUGAGAACCACUGAUCUAGCAGGUCUUGUGUGGUUUCUGAGGGAGGAGGGAGAAGGAGAAGGGAGAGAUCUGGAGCUUGUGUCCAAGAAUACUAGAAGAGGGGGUCAGAACCUCUGCCACUAGAGUUAGAGGUAUUUAUAAGUCACCUGAACUGAGUGCUGGGAACUAAAUUUGGGGCCUCCUGUAAGACCAGUAUAGAUUGAGACAUCUCUCCAAUUCCUUAAAGAGUGUCUUGGUUUGUUUUUAAAUCUGGUGUAGAAUAAGAUAGGAAAGCUUUAGGCUAAAUAUUCCUAGUUCUUCUAACCAUUCAGAAAAGGUUGGAUAGAUCGAUGAAUCUUUAUUGUGCAGAUCAUUGCUAGUAUCCUCCUGGGCUCUAUAAUGAAGUUUUAUUUUAGUUUAAAAUGAUUUCAAUAUACUGUUAUGUUAUUUCACAUGAUUGAAACAUACCUUUAACAUUCAUACCAGCCUGAGAUUAUAGUUAGUGGUAGAGCUGUUGCCUAGCAUACGCAAAUAGUAAGGUUCAAUGCCUAUUAUGGGGUGGAGGUAUCGCAGUUUAUACCAGGUAAGUUUUGUCUUUUAUAGAAUUUCCAGUUAGCUUCAUCUUUGCAUCAAUAAUUGUGCCAGUGCUUGACAAACUGUAGAUGCUUCAGUUAGUAUUUGUUGAGUGAAUUCAACUUCCUAAUCCUUUCUGCAUCUAAAGCUGUCUAACAGGUUUGACCAGCACCUCUUGUACUAAAAUGAGCCUGUGGGGGUGGACACAAGUGUGCAUUACCCCACACUUAAGUAGUAGUCUUGUGGAACCUAAACAGGACAUUUGAGGGUUGCUAAUGUUACAUUUAAUUCUACAAGAGCAGUCUCAGACAGUGCUCAACUUAAGAUGGCUUGGCCUACUUUUCUUCUCUUUGUAACAAUGUGAAAGCAAAAUAUAUUCUGUAUAAACUUCGAAUUUAAAGUUGUCUUUUCUUAGAGGGUAGGGAUAUAUGUUGAAGGGUACUGUUGGAAUUCUAGGCAAUAGAAACAAGUAGUAGCUUUAUGUCAACCAGGAGAUCCAGGGGGUGAAGAGCCCAAUAUUUCACAGGGACUACUCAUUAUUGUACAUUAGUAUAGGCUAGUAUAAAACAGUUUGUAUUAGAGAACUUUACCCAGCUGUAGCCUAUCUACAUAUUUUUAAUGCAUUUACGAGACACUAAGCUUCUGGGCCUGGUGGUACAUGCCUCUACUCCAGUAUUAAAGUCUGUCAGAUGUCUGUGAGCUGCCAGCCUGAUCACAGGGCAGCUAGAGCUAUAUACUAUGAGAUCUUAUAUAUAAAAAAAAGAAUAAAAGUAGCUUUGGAGUUUAUCUUCAGCACUAUACAUAAGUUGUGACUUAGAUUACAUAUGAAACCAAAUGGCAGUACAUUUUAUUUUCAGGCGUAUAACCCCAGACGGCAGUGCAUAGCGCAGUGCUUACCACCAAUCCUGACUUAGUGUUUGAGGACUCCCUUGGUUAUUAUUGAAAUAGUUCCAAAAAUUAUGAAAGUUGAUAAGAAUAUAUGCAUAUAAAGUAUAUAAAAUUAAUGUAAUGUCAUUUUAUUCAAAUUAUGUCAAGUGUAUUCUGAAGGCAUCAAAAUCAGAAUAGAGAUGGCUAUCUGAAAUCUUGUUCAGAUGACUGAAGAGCCUGUAAAAUUGUUGCUGCUGUUGACUUAUAAUACACUGGUAUUACUGGUCUUUUCAUUUAAAUAUGCUUGUAUGCAGAGAGAUAAAUAGAUGCAUUAUAUGUGUAUUUUGGGAAGCUUAUAAAAUUUUAUCUUAAUUUACCAUAAUGAGUUGGCAACUUACAAAAUUCAAGUAAUUGAUCUAAAAACAUUAACUUUAUACUUUUUUUAUUUGUACAGGAGUAACAUACUGUAAUAUGUAUGGCUUUAUCAGGUGUUUUCUAAAUAAUGAAAACAAAAACAGCAGCAGAACUUUGGGUACAUAACAGGUCUGAGGGCAGAUUGGGAUGCAAAAGAUUUGUUGCACGCACAACAAUUUGAGUCCAUUGUGAGGAUCUGGUGUACAGUCCAGUGACCAUAGCUAACAAACUAUCAUCUAUCAUGUAUAUUUGAAAUUUGCUAAAAGAAGUACAUUUACAUUUAUUUCAUACACAGAAGUAACCAGAUGAGGUGGUUGAUGCAUUAAGCAGCCUAGUUGUUGCAGUCGCUGUACAGUAUGUGAAGCUGUCACGUGAUACACUUUCAAUUUGUAAACAUUUUUUGUAAAAGACUUAUUUAUGUAUUUUAUGUACAUAUAUGUCUGCACACCAGAAGAAGGCAUUGGAUUCUUGGCACUACAGUUAUAGACAGUUGUGAGCCUCCAUGUGAGUGCUGAAUAUUUUUUUUUAAGAUUUAUUUUAUUUAUUUGCGUACACUGUAGCUGUCUUCAGACACACCAGAAGAAGUCAUCGGAUCACAUUACAGAUGGUUGUGAGCCACCAUGUGGUUGCUGGGAAUUGAACUCAGGACCUUUGGAAGAGCAGUCAGUGCUCUUAACCACUAAGCCAUCUCUUCAGCCCCAAUUUGAAAAAUUAUUAUUGAUUGUAUUUUAAUAUAGAUGAAAAAAUGUGCUUUAGUUGGUAAUAUGAGAUAAUGCCAGCAUUGUAGUUUUAGGGCUGUGUCUCCUUUGACCACAUUCUAGAGCCAGCUCAUUCCGGGUUCAUAGUUCAUGUGACCUGAGAAAUUUUUUUUGCAGCUUCAUAGGCAGUCUAAGUCAGCUUUGAAGUCAUUUCUUGAAUGAUUAACUACACUUCUGGCUCUUCGAGUCUUUUCUUGAAGAGCUUCCUCGUUGUUCCACUUUAGAUAGAAAUAGGGAUCCGCGAUGAUUCCGUCCUCAUCUGUUCUAAGCUUCAAGAAGAAAGUACCUUUGUGCUCGUGUGUUUAGGUUUUAGGUUUUCUCUUGCCAUGUAAUCUGGGGAAGAAGCAUUGCCUUUCCCACAGCCUACCUGUUUGUGCUUGUUGGUAGUUUCAGACGGAGAGACAUCUCUGAGAAGGCAUCUACCUGGUAUUAGGGUUUCUCCUCUUUUGCCUUAGGAUUUUCACACUUGUCAAAGGACCACUUUAUGAGUCACAGCUCCACAUUGAAAAAUGGAUUGCUUUCUAAUGUAUGCUUAUUGAUAAGGUAUUUAAAGAUUUUGGUGGUUACUGAGAAAGUAAUUAAGCAAGCAGAGUAACCUCUGCCAAAAGAAUGUCUUAAAUUCUGGGCUGAGAGAUGUACUCACCCUGGGCCAAGUGUUUUUGUUGUUUGUCUGUUUGUUUUUUUGUUUUUGUUUCUCAAGACAUGGUUUCUCUGUGUACAUUGGCCUUCCUAGAACUCUUUAGACCAGGCACUCACAGAGAUCCGUUCCCAUGUCUUUGCUCCUGAAUGCUGGGAUUAAAGGCAUGCACUUUGAGCCAGCCCCACCCCCACCCCCACGCCCCCAGCAGGAGGACCUACUCCUCUUAGCUAGUAAAAGUUACAAAAUCUAGGGUUUUUUUUAAAAUACAAAAUAAGUAUAUUAAUACUCUGAUAUUAAAGGAGUGUGGAGGUGGUCAGAGAUGUUAGUGGUAACGAUUCUGCACCCUGUUGAGCCUUCUGAGGUAAUGCUUUCCAAAGCUAGCCAAAUACAGCCACAGAACAGUUUAAAGAUAAGGAUUCUUGGGCUCCACAUACUCACUGCAAGUUGUGGAAAGGCUCAGAAAAAUUCAGUUUUUGAAGGUUCUCCAGAUAAUCUUGGAAUUCGGCUAAAAUAUUUGCUCAAAAUAUUAACUGUUGUGUAUUUCUGGGGAAAACCAUAGUUUUUAAUCAUUCUCAAAAGGGUUAGAGUUGUCAAAUGUGCUGUUAGAAUUGCCCAAGAAUUUGUUAAAAGUAUAGGUGUCUCUGUCUCACUCUCAGAGGUUCUGUGUCUUUAAGUUUGCUGCAUGCCCAGGAAUUUGCAUUUUUUUUUAACUAUUAAUAGUUCUUUUUUAUGAUCAAUGCUACGCGACAAGAGGACUUUUUUUUUUUUUUUUUUAAUAACUGUUCUUGUCUUUGGCCAACGGUAUAGUUUCAGCAUCAAGUUCUGGCAGGAGAGUAGCUCUUUCAGAAUUCUUAUCAACUAUUAACAGUGAUAAAUAGAAGGAAACACAACAAACUCAGUCUAAUUGUCACUGUGAAAGUAAAAAAAAAGCAUAGGCUUGGCAAAGGAAGUAGAAGUGGCAGAGCAAAAAUGCACAGGCAGUUUUUACAGUUGACACAGCUAACACAGUUGAACUGCAUGCACAAUUGCGUCUACUCACCCUUUUUUUUUUUUUUUUUUUUACUGUAGAAAAAUGUUUAUUUUUUGCCCUGUAAGCGUAAGGUAAUGGUUGAACUCCAUCCUUAGCAAACAGGACAAAUGGAAAGAGAGACUGAGAUGGAAGUAACACUUAUGCUUUGGGGUCUAAUAUAAGCAAUAUAGCAAGUGGCCCUUCAACCUGUGUGUGUGUGUGCGCGUGUGCAUGUUUGUGUGUGUGUGUCUGUAUGCAAAAUGCUCAGUGGACACUCAGAUGAUAUUUUUGAUUUUUACACUAAAUUUUGUAAACUUAAAGUAAUAUUCAUAUUUAAAUGUCAAACUACUGUAUAAAGUUAAUGUCUGGCCUAAUGAAAAGAUAAUAUUGAGAGUCUCUGAGAUAAAGCAAUUUCAAAAACCAGGUAGUCAAGUAUUAACACUUGGAAAUGGUUAAAAUGAUAGAAAGUGCUCUAAGUCCAUAGGAAUUGUGAAAUUAUUUGCCCAGUCUCUCACAAGAAAAAUAGGACUAUGGAGUAAGUCUUUAUUAUAAUCCAUGACGCAUAUAAUUGUGAAAAUUUUUUCAUUCAUCCAGAAGUAAAUUUAAUGCUAUGUGAAUCAUUGAUCUCAGUUUCUUCCUUUCUAGUUAGCUCUGGGAACCUACGGGUUUUUCUUUACAAUGAAAUGUAGUUCCUGAAACUGCUUUGGAAGCCAGGCAUGGUGGUUCAUGGCUGACAUGGGAGCCUGAAGCAGGAUGAUUUCCUAAAGUUUGAGGCCUGUCUAGUCUACACCCCAAGUUCAAGUCACCUGAGCUAGGAUGAGGCUUUCAAGGAAAAAGAACAGAAGUGAAGAAGGAGUUAAUAAGAUCUUAUUGCUGUGUGUGUGGCCUUUGCUUAAAGGAAGUGAAUGAUUUUUUUUAUGAGUAUUUGUUGAGAUUCACCUUGUAUAUUUGUUUUCUCUGCUUUUUUGUAACACAGCUUCCUAAUGUACAGCAUGUUAAAAGAAAGUGAUGGGUAUCUCAAAUGAAUUAUUCCUGGCUUGUAACUGAAAGAAGCAUUUUAGUAUUAGAAUAUCUGGUUAUGUAAAGUUGUCCUCUUUUCUGCUACUUUAUCAGGACUUGGAAUUGUAUGAUUGUCAAAAUACUGGCAUAAAUUAUACAUUUUUAAAGGUACAUGCUUGAAAUUUUAUGACUUGUUACUUUAUAUUUUAAAUCUAAAUACUAAAGAUAGGUGACCACUGUCACCUUAAACUGUAUUCCUUUUUUAAAAUUAGAAAUCAUUACUGUGACCAGGUGGAGGUGGUACGCCUUAAACCCCAGCACUUUGGGGUGCAUUGGCAGGUGGAUUUCUGUUGAGCUUGAGGCCAGCCUGAUUUAUGGACUAAGUUCCAGGAUGGCCAGCGCUACACAGAACGAUCUUCUCUUGAAAAAACAAAUAAAAUAAAAAAUACUGUGUUAUAUCAUGAAAUGGAAAUUUCAAAGUCUUUAUUUUUUUCAAUGAAACAUUCCGCUUUGCAAACUUGCUGACAACAGAGGUUUUGACUCACAAGGAGGCAGCAGGCCAUAGGAAGUGUAGAGCCUUACUUUACUGAUUUGCACUGCACAGGAAGCAAGCUUUCUCAAGGUAGAAGAAAUAUACCAGGAAAUAAAUUGAAGCCUUAUUCCAACGUGGUAGGACAUAAAAGUGAUUGGGUAAAUUUGGAAAAUACAUUUCAGUGCUAGUUAUAAACUGAAAAGGGCAAAGAUGUUAGUUUUAUAAACAUAAUGACAAAUGUCCUUUGAGGAUAUACACUUGGCUCAAGGCCAUUUAUUUCAGAUUAACCUCACCUUAUUCCCAUUUUAUAAUUAUUACUAGUUUUAAUAGCAUGCUUUGCAUGUGUGCUUGUGUCAGUUUAACUGUGUAGUACUUCUCAUCCCCACCAAUUAUAAUUGUUUAAUUAUAUUUCAUCCUUAAGAGAUAAAAGAUCUGUUAACCAUGGAGGUCCCAUCCUACCUACAAGCUUUCAUGUAGUUUUGUUCUUACAACAGUCUUGCAUAAUAAAUUUUACAAUAGGACUUUGCUAUUUUGUGGAUAGUACAUUAGUAUGUAGCAGUACUUCUGCCCAUUUGCAGUAGCAGUGCUUUUGAAAGUACGAUGCAAUUGUGUUAUUUGUACUCUUAAGGCACUAAGUUAAUUUGAGAAAGAAAAUAUUAGAAUCUUAAAAUAUGUUAUAAAUGAUUCUCCAUCUGCAUGAGAAGUAUCUAGGUUCCUUUUUUUUUUUUUUUUUUUUUUCCUUUGCUUUUUGAGACUGGGUCUUUCAGUGUAGCCUUGGAUGACCUAAAACUCACUAUAUAGACCUGGCUGGCUUAAAACUGAAGAUGCCCCUGCCUCUGCUUUCCAACACUCUUCUGCCUUUGCUUAUUAGUGAUUUUCAACUUUGAUUUGUUCCCUUUUGUCACCUGCACAUACGUGCAUUGGCUUCCUAGUUUCUGACACUAUGAAAUGCUUCCACGCGAGUGUUUGGAACUACAGCAGAUGGCAGAGCUCUUACCCGAUCCUCACAUAGCUAGAAAUGUAAGCUAUAAACACAGGACGUAAGGUUUUCUUCUUGAGACAGGGUCUAACUGUAGUGUCCCCUGGCCCGGAACUCGACCUGUACAGCAGGUUGCCUUCUGCCUCCCAUGCGCUAGGGUUAAAGGUGUGCACCAUCUUGUCCUCAAGCUUUUCUUGGUUCAUUUAGAGGUUGACCCUUCCUUGUUCCAGUUGUUUUUUUCUAAUUCAAUUUUUUUGAGACAGGUUGUCACUGUAGCCCAGUCCGGCCUGGAAUCUAGUAUGUGUGAAUUUAGUGGUCUGUACCCUCCUGUCCCAGCCUCCCAGGCAGUGGGAUGUUCAUAGGCAUCCCUUAUCAUCUGUGAGCUUGAAGGAUGCACAUCCCAGGUUAACACUGCUAGUAGUCAAUAUCUGUAGAAUAGCAACCAGCCUGUAGUGAAUUAACUUACCUUUUGCCGGAUGUGUUGAUAAAAAAAAUUGGUUAAAGUCAGGCCUCCAGUAGUAUCUUAGUUUCACAUUCCUCUAUUUAAAGUUCAAAGGUUAAAGUUUAAUAGAACAGAUGGCAGAAUACUUUGCUCUCUGCCACCCUAUGCUUGCAAUCAUGAAAACAAUAUACUCAUUUCAUGUCGUCCUACAAUGGAAAACUCUCUCUGCACCUCCAGAAUCCUGGGAUUAAUGACAUUACUGCCGCAGCUUGCAAAGUUGUCGAGAGAGGAAAUUGAGUAAAGCUUCAGUAUUAGGAGGCCAGAGGACUAAUGCGGGCAAUUCUGAAAGAGAGAAGUCUGAAGUUAGAAACAACUCGAGUUUCAGUAUGUGUCUUCUCUCAGAAGGCCUGAGAAGGGUUGGAGACUGAGUUCAGUAUAAAGUCUGUGAGGUACUGGGUUUGCUUCUCCAGCAUCUUAAAGAGAAACAAAAAUCUAGGAGGAAAAGAUUUUGUAAAAUUACAAAUUCAGCUAUAAUAUAGAAUUUCAAACCAUCAUUAGUGUAAACCUUUGACAAGAUAUCUGCAAAAUUAAAAAAUGGGCCUGGGUAUUAGAAUAGAAUACGGCUGUUUCUCAGGCCACAGUGAGAAUGGGAGAAGGGACACUAAUUCUCCAAGGUAAUUUCUAAGUUACUAUCCUUUAUUUAAGUUAUCGAUGUUCAUAUUUUUUGAAAAUGACAUGAAUUAUUCUAGGAAAAAAGAUUUUCUUUCAUUUAUGUUUAAAAAAUGAUUUAUUUAUGUAAAUGGCUGUUCUAUCUUCCUGCAUAUCUGUGUGACAGAAGAGGGCAUCAGAUCCCAAUAUAGAUGGUUGUGAGCCACCCUGUGGUUGCUGGGAAUUGAACUCAGGACCUCUGGAAGAGCAACCAGUGUUCCUAACCACUGAGCCAUCUCUCUAGCCCCCUAGUUUAUCUUUUUAUCAUCAGAACCAAGCACAUAGGACACCCGCAUAGAUUGUUUGAGUGAGGGUGCUACUACUACUUAAGGGUGAGUUGAGGGUUUCUGCUUGUUUUGUUUUAUUGUGUUAAAUCUCUCAGUGUGUAUUCACUUGUGUGUAUACGUGUUUGUAGAAGUCUGGGUUGAUGUGAUGAGUCUUCCUUGAUUGCUUUUCUGCUUUAUCCUUCAAAUCAGGGUUUCAAUAAAACUCAGAGCUUGCCAAUAUGGCUAUAGACUACUUGCUCUGAGAAUCCAUCUCCAACAUCAGAGCUAGACUUACCGGGGAACCACUGUGCCUACCAACUGUUGCGUACGUAGGUUGUAGAAACCUAAGCUCAGGAUCCCUUGAGGGAGUGAGGAGAGGGGUCUGUUUCCUCUAGAAGCACAUGGAGCACUUAACCUAAAGGCAUAAAGCAAUAUUCUUCUGUGUUUGCACUGUGUGCAGGAUCUGUAUACAUUGAAUAAUAAAAUACUCCCUUGGGUAUUUAUCAUGAUAGAGAAAUUUUCUGCUAUAUAUUUUCAUAGAUAUAUAGAAACAUGCUACACUGAAAAAUAUUCAUCAGAAUCUAAGGCCAUACCUAGUUGAGGUUCUUUGUAGAUGUGACUGUUCACUUAUUUUUUUCCUAUUAAUAUGUCUUUGGUGGUUUUUAAAUUUAAUAGUUAUUUACUAGUUUAUUCAUUCAUAUGAUUUGAUUGAUUGAUUGAUUGAGAAAGGUUCCUUUUUAAAGUCUUUAAUGCUAGGACAUUGGACAGAGAAGAGGUUCAUUCUCUAGUAUUAUUGCCUUGAUUAUAUCCCUGACAGAAGUUUUUGAUUGUUGUUCUUGGGGUUUUUCUGGUCUUUAUUGUUGGAGAAAUCACCAGGCUUUCAUUUUUUCAUAUAUAUAUAUAUUUUACUUUUAUAGGCCAAGCUAAAAUGUAGCAAAAAUGUCCAGUUAACCCUAAAUUUCAUGUACAGCCGUCUUAUAUUAUCGGAAAGAACAAAUUUUCUUUGGAACGCCAGAUAGUGUUGCCUUCCUUUUAGCUCCUGUCACUGUUUAAGUUCUCAGUUCUGUUGAUUUAUUCAGCUUGUAACCUGGAAACCAGCUAAAAAGGAAGGAAACCAGAUGUACAUUUCUGGGCCCACUGGCGUAGCUUCCUUUUCCUCUAGCCUGGCUCAGCCUCUAGAAAAGGCCUCUUAUUCUACAGCAGAGGGCUGGGUGGGGGUUGACUAGCCCUUCACCUGUGUCUGAUUGGAGUUUCUCUCCCUUAUGAAUUUUAAAGAAUAAGAACCUAGGAGCCUUGGUUAAGCAAGCAGCUUCCUGUGUCAUCACCUCACUGUUUGCUGUGUGUUAGAAACUGGUCAGUAUUGAUUACAAGAACAAACGUAUUAAUGCAUUUUCAAAUACUUUAAAUCCCAGUUCAACAUUUCUUGUUGCCAGCCUUUUGCAUGUAUCUCUGAAUCUUUGUUGUGCAUCAAGAGUAGUCUAGCUAAGUUCUCUAGAGAUGCCUUUUGACUUUUCUUCUUCCACCUAGAUAUAGUCUAAAAUAUGUUUAAGAUGAUAGUUGGUUCCUCAGUAAUGGUGUUAGUUAUUUUGAUUUUAUCUCGGGGCACAGGAAUGGCUGACUGGCAGUUGGGCAGACUCUGUGGUUCUCAGUGCUGCUGCUUCUGUUGGGGUCUGAUAGCACUUGCAGCAUUUCAAAGUCUGUUGUAUAUAUAAUUAAACUUGAGUAUGUACUGUAUUACUACAAGAUUAGCCCUGUGAAAUAAUAGACUUGAAUUAUUAUGUAGUUUAAAUUUUAGAAAUGUAGAAUAAAAUGUACUUAGCUAUAUGAACAUUUUGUCUCUGUGUUGUUCAGGAUUUAGAAAGAGAUUGCCAUAUAUAUAUAUAUAUUCAUGAAUAUAUAUAUUCAUUCAGUGGUAGUCCUUUGUAACAUAUGUGGCCUGCUUUCCCUAUCCAUGUGUUUUCUAUGUCAUACGAAUGAGUUAUUAGGAUUGUAUAUUGUGAUCUAAUCUUUACUUGACAGCAUUAAUAUAAUACUUUAUGCUAAAGUAACAUUUUAGUACCAUCCAUCACCUGUAAAAUAAAGUAUUUUAUUUUAGUACUACCUAUGCUCUGUGAAACAAAACCAUAUUUACUCCAAUACUUAGAAUAAUCAAUGCCUAUUGUACCAUCUUUAUUCUGUGUCCAUUUUUGGUUUUAGGGAUAAGUUUUCAGUCUUGCCCAGGUUGGCCAUAACUUUAUGUCAGUCCCAGUCUCACCCUCACAGUUAACAUCCAGUAAAAUGUUAUUUUCUCUCUCUCUCUCUCUCUCUCUCUCUCUCUCUCUCUUUGUUUUUUGUUUGUUUGUUUUGUAUUUUGUUUUUUCAAGACAGGAUUUCUGUGUGUAGCCCUGGCUGUCCUGGAACUCACUUUGUAGACCAGGCUGGCCUCGAACUCAGAAAUCCACCUGCCUCUGCCUCCCUAGUGCUGGCAUUAAAGGUGUGGGCCACCACCGCCCCGCCCUUAUUUUCUCAUUUUUAUUGCAUGUGUUCAUAGUAUGUUUCUUCAUGGGACUGAAAACAUUUUAGGUAAAUAUUAACACUGAAGCCUUUCUGUCAGAAGCUAACAUUUUAUUUUAUGUAGUAAAGAUUUAACAUUUGAUUAUACUCAAAAAUGAGUGAAUGUGGCCUAGUGUUUAGCAAGGAGCCACAAAUCAUAUUAUGUAUCUCUGGUCCUUGGGUUCUUGAGAAACCUCUGUUCAUAAAGUGAGAAAACAGUGCCUUGGUUCAGAAAGAAAUGCAUAUAAUUUUAAGCCUUUUCACACUUUUAUUAAAAAUUAAAAAGCAACACACAGGGAAUGAUAAUGUUAGCCAAUGUAACCAAGGUAUCAUUGAUUAUAAUCAGUGUGGAUUUAUCUUACAUCUUAGCAUGCAGUUCUUUUGUUUUGUUCAGACAACACAAACCUCACUUCCGGUGAACUGCAUUUCAGAUGCCCCAUGGCCCCUCAUGCGUAGUCACCCACUCCACUCAAUACUGAGCAGCAGAAUUCUCUUCUCUUCUCUUCUCUUCUCUUCUCUUCUCUUCUCUUCUCUUCUCUUCUCUUCUCUUCUCUGUAGGGUGCUUCUGAGAUGCUUGUUGUUUAUGUCAGCUUAUUUUACUUGACUACAUCUUUUCAUGUUUCCUUGUGACAGGGUUGUGCUAGCCCAAGCUGGCCUGGAACUCAUAGCAUCCCCCACUGUGUUGGUAUCUCAGGCCUGCAUCACCACAUCCAGUGCUCAGUUUUUUCUGUCUUUUUCCUUGGGGGUGGGGGGACCGUGUUUUUUGGAGAGACAGGUUUUUAGGCUAGGCUUUCCUUAUACUCCCUAGGUAGCUGACAAUGACCUAGAACUCCUGUCCUUGUACUUCCCAAGUAAGGGGAUGAACCAGAAGUGAACCAUUGACACUCAGCUUCACAAAUAGUAAAACUUAUUUUUCUCUGGGGUUUUUUUUUUUUUUAAAAAGAUCAUUUUAGGACAAAAUAAGUUUUUCUUUUAUUUUUGAUUUUUAUAAUUCCAGCAUUUCUCCUUUCCAUUCCCUUCCUUCAAACCCUCUUGUAUGUUAUUCAUCUUCUAAACCUUCUUGCUCUAUUUCAAAUUCAGUCUCUUUUUUCAUUGUUAUUGCACGAAUAUAUGUGUAUGUGUGUAUUUCUAAGUAUAAUCUGUUCAGACUGUACAGUGUUACAUAGCAAAAUAAUUUUUAAAAUCCCAAACCACUAUUUUAAAAGUAGUAUAAUGAUACUCUUUAUUUUUGCUAACUUGAUAUUUACAAGUUUUUUAGUUUUUUUCUUUCUUUCUUUGUUAAUUCUGGAAAGCAAAAACUUUGUAUUUGCUUUUUGAAGGCGACGGUAAAUUUGAGCUCUUCGUCUCGCCACUAGUCUGUCUUUGUCUGUUGUUAAAAUUAUGAGCCAGUCUCUAUGGCCGCAGCCAAAUGAGUAAUCACCAGUAAUGUGACUCGUGCUGGAAGUGACUCCAUCAGCACCUGUGACGGGGGAUUAGUUACAGUUUACAGAGCACCGCCUCUUCCCUUCUCUCGAGCGCCCUAAGCCAAGUACUCGUUCUCAUUUGGGUGUCUGCGCUGUUGGAAGCAACUGCCGUGUGUUUCCAUGCAGACAGUACAGUGGGAAAGCUUCCUCUAGCUAAUGGAUGGCUGUUCUCUUUAUUUGGAGUAUCUUGCUGGUUAUGUAAGCGACCUCGGGAGAAAUUAUCCUGACCCAGAUCGGAGGAUGCGGUAGUGCUUCAGCUGCAGGAUUUCUUCGUCGUUAACACCACAGUGCUGAUGACAAAGAGCAAGUUGUAAUCCGCAGCACUGCCAGGGCUGAGCCGGGCAGACAGAAAAUCGUCAUUUGCUGCUCACAGGCUUGUUAGGUUACAGCCUCUGCUUCGUUCUGUGGUCUUGGCUUUUCUUCCUAUACAAUGACGGCGCUGCAAGUGAGCUCAGAAAUGCUUGGUUUGAAAGCCAUUUGCCUGUGAUUGUUUUUGAAGACUAAAGAAGUAUUUAUGCUCGAUUAAAAAAAUACUGCUCACGAACAAAAUGAAAUGCCAGCUAUAUUUACUGACCUUUAAAGCCUUGGCUUGGAUUGCUGAGAUUUAAAGAUACUUUAAAAUUCUCAAGAACUAAGUACGACCUUCAAACCAUUGGUUGAAAAUAGUAUACCUAGUUCUAUCACUGCAGUAGAAUUCCUUAUAGAUAAGCAACUGGAUUUUUUAACAGAAGAUAGUGCCUUUCAGCCAUACCAGGACGACAUAGACAGCUUAAAGCCCGUACUCAGGGACAACCCACAGCUGCACGCGGAAGUGAAAGUCUGGGUGAAGGAACAGAAGGUCCAGGAGAUUUUUAUGCAAGGUCCUUAUUCAUUAAAUGGAUACAGAGUGAGAGUCUAUAGACAAGAUUCUGCCACCCAGUGGUUUACUGGCAUAAUUACUCAUCAUGAUCUCUUCACCCGCACCAUGAUCGUUAUGAAUGAUCAGGUACUAGAACCACAGAAUGUCGAUCCUUCUAUGGUUCAAAUGACCUUUCUAGAUGAUGUCGUUCACUCUUUGUUAAAAGGUGAAAAUAUUGGCAUUACAUCACGGCGAAGGUCUCGUGCCAGUCAAAAUAUCAGCACUGUUCACGGUCAUUAUACACGUGCUCAAGCAAAUAGUCCCAGACCAGCAAUGAACUCUCAAGCUGCUGUACCAAAACAGAACACACACCAGCAACAGCAACAAAGAAGUAUUCGUCCAAAUAAGAGGAAGGGUUCAGAUAGCAGCAUACCCGAUGAAGAGAAGAUGAAGGAAGAUAAAUAUGAUUGUGUAUCACGAGGAGAAAAUCCUAAAGGUAAGAACAAGCACGUGGUGACAAAACGGCGGAAACCUGAGGAGGCCGAGAAGAGGCUGAGCAUGAAAAGGCUCCGGACAGACAAUGCCUCUGACGCCUCCGAGAGCAGUGACGCAGAGAGCUCCAGCAAGAGAGUGACUGAGACUUCCUCCUCUGAACCAAUGCCAGAGUAUGAACCGAAAAAUAAAGUCACCUCAAAGGUAAAUGGAGAGGAGGGACAGUCCCAGGCUGCUGAAGAGGCAGGAGAAGAGACCCUGAUAGAUACUCGGCCUCCCUGGGACCAGAUGCAGGAAGAUAAAAACCACAACGAAGGGGAGAAGCCCAAGUCCACGGACAGCCACCUUCAAGACAAAAUGACUCUCCGUUCAUCUGAGCAAGCCACAGUUGCUGACCACAAUUCUAAUGAUUCAGUCCUUCAAGAAUGCAAUGUGGAAAACCAACGCACAGUGGAAUUAUUACCAAAGGACAGGUUAGUGUCCAGAACACCGACACCCAAAUGUGUUACGGAUAUCAAGAACGACACUCAUUCUGAGAGGGCGGCUCAGGAAAAUUUAAAUACUUUUGGCCUCCAGACACCUGAGAACAUGGAUCCAAAUGUUAGUGAUUCCAAACAUUCAAAUGCUAAAUACCUAGAAACAGCAAAGCAAGAUUGUGACCAGAGCUGGGUCAGUGAUGUAGUGAAAGUGGAUUUAACUCAGUCAAGUGUUACAAAUGCUCCUUCAGGAAGUGAUAAGCGCGAUACGGAGAAAGAGAGAAAUCACUAUGUCUCAUACAUGUCUUCAUUAAGUGCAGUUUCUGUCACAGAGGAUCAGCUACAUAAACGAAGUCCACCCCCAGAAACUAUAAAAGCUAAACUAACUACUUCAGUAGAUACCCAGAAGGCAAAAUCCAGUUCUUCACCUGAAGUUGUUAAACCCAAGAUCACUCAUUCUCCUGAUUCUGUGAAGUCUAAAGCUGCUUAUGGGAACAGUCAAGCUGUUGGUGAGCGAAGGCUGGCAAAUAAAAUAGAGCAUGAGUUAUCCAGAGGUAGUUUCCAUCCAGUUCCUACUCGAGGCAGUGCUUUGGAAACUACAAAGAGCCCUCUUAUCAUUGAUAAAAACGAGCACUUCACAGUCUAUAGGGAUCCUGCUCUUAUUGGAUCAGAAACAGGAGCUAAUCACAUUUCACCUUUUUUGAGCCAGCAUCCUUUUUCUCUUCAUUCCUCAUCCCAUAGAACCUGUUUAAACCCAGGUACCCAUCACCCUGCCUUAACGCCAGGACCCCACUUACUAGCUGGGUCAACUAGUCAAACUCCAUUACCUACCAUUAACACUCACCCUCUCACUAGUGGUCCACACCAUCCUGUCCAUCACCCUCAUUUGCUUCCCACUGUGUUACCUGGAGUGCCUACUGCCUCUUUACUCGGUGGCCACCCACGUCUAGAGAGUGCUCAUGCAAGCAGCUUGAGCCAUUUAGCACUAGCACACCAGCAGCAGCAACAGUUGUUACAGCACCAGUCACCUCAUCUUCUUGGACAAGCCCAUCCUUCCGCUUCAUAUAAUCAGCUUGGACUUUAUCCAAUUAUUUGGCAAUAUCCGAAUGGAACACAUGCAUACUCAGGACUUGGUCUCCCUUCUUCUAAGUGGGUUCACCCAGAAAAUGCAGUUAAUGCUGAAGCUUCAUUAAGGAGGAAUUCUCCCAGUCCUUGGCUACAUCAACCCACUCCUGUGACCUCAGCGGAUGGUAUUGGAUUACUUAGUCACAUUCCUGUCAGACCUUCCAGUGCAGAGCCUCAUCGACCUCACAAGAUUACAGUGCAUUCCAGUCCCCCACUGACAAAGACAUUAGCAGAUCACCACAAAGAAGAAUUGGAGAGGAAAGCUUUUAUGGAACCAUUACGGUCUAAUGCAUCCACAUCAGUAAAAGGUGACCUGGAUCUUAAUAGGUCACAGGCAGGAAAAGAUUGUCACUUGCAUAGGCAUUUUGUGGGUCCAAGGCCACCCCAGGAGACUGGAGAGAGACUGAACAAAUACAAGGAGGAACAUCGUCGGAUUCUUCAGGAGAGUAUUGAUGUGGCUCCAUUUACAACCAAAAUCAAGGGUCAUGAGGUUGAAAGAGAGAAUUACUCCAGAGUAGUACCAUCAUCUUCUAGUCCUAAAAGCCAUGCUAUCAAACAAGAUAAAGACGUAGACCGCUCCGUGUCAGAGAUUUAUAAGAUGAAGCACUCAGUGCCUCAGAGUUUGCCCCAGAGUAACUACUUCACUACUUUAUCUAAUAGUGUGGUCAAUGAGCCACCAAGAUCCUACCCAUCCAAAGAAGUUUCCAACAUUUACACUGAGAAACAAAAUAAUAACCUUUCUGCAACAGCCAAUCCUCAAACUCAUUCUUUUAUAUCAUCUCUUUCGAAGCCUCCACCUUUGAUUAAACACCAACCAGAAAGUGAAAGUUUAGUGGGCAAGAUACCAGACCAUCUUCCCCAUCAGAGUGCAUCUCACUCAGUAACAACGUUCAGAAGUGAUUGUCGGAGCCCUACCCAUCUGACUGUUUCUUCUACUAAUGCACUCCGCAGCAUGCCUGCUCUGCACAGGGCACCAGUAUUCCAUCCACCAAUCCACCACAGUUUGGAAAGAAAGGAAAGCAGCUACAGUAGCCUUUCCCCUCCAACACUGACACCGGUGAUGCCAGUAAAUGCUGGUGGCAAAGUUCAAGAAUCUCAGAAGCCUCCAACUCUAAUUCCUGAGCCAAAAGACUCUCAGUCAAAUUUUAAGAAUUCUUCUGAUCAGAGUCUAACGGAAAUGUGGAGAUCUAAUAACAACCUCAACAGAGAGAAAGCUGAGUGGCCCGUGGAAAAGAGUAGUGGAAAGUCCCAGGCUGCUGUGGCAUCUGUCAUUGUUCGUCCACCUUCUAGUACAAAAGUUGAUAGUGUGCCAUCUGUACCAUUAGCUUCCAAAGAUCGAGUUUGUGAAAGAUCUUCAUCUGGGGCAAAUAAAACAGAUUACCUCAAACCAGAAGCCGGAGAGACUGGAAGAAUUAUUCUACCAAAUGUGAAUUUAGAAAGUGCUCAUGUGAAAUCUGAAAAAAACUUUGAAGCUGUCUCCCAGGGCAACGUUCCUGUUUCAGUCAUGUCUGCUGUAAAUGUAGUCUCUACUACCAAAGCAGAUGUGUUCACAUCUGCUGCCACUACCACCAGUGUCUCCAGCUUGAGUAGUGCAGAAACAAGUUAUUCUUUAUCAAAUACCAUUUCGGCCUCUACACCCUUCGAAUGUACUUCUUCAAAAAGUGUUGUUAGUCAGGCAGUGGCGCAAGCAAAGGACUGCACAGUCAGCACCGCGGUUCCAGGCACUCUGGCCUGUAGUAAGACAGGAAGUGCUGUUCAGCCCGGCUCUGGCUUCUCAGGCACAACUGAUUUUAUUCAUUUAAAAAAGCACAAGGCAGCGUUGGCUGCAGCUCAGUUUAAAAAUAGUAGUGUCAGUGAGGCUGAACUUAAUACUGUGAGAAAUCAGACAGUGGCAGCCUCUCUUCCCCUGGAUAGCACCAUGACCUGCACUGCAAGUAACAAAGCAAUCUCUGUAGGAAAUGGGCCAGCAGCCCAGUCCAGUCAGCCCAACUACCACACUAAACUGAAGAAGGCCUGGCUCACCAGACAUUCAGAAGAAGAUAAAAAUACUAAUAAAAUGGAAAAUUCAGGGAAUUCUGUAUCCGAAAUUAUUAAGCCAUGUUCUGUCAACUUAAUAGCCUCUACAUCUAAUGAUAUAGAAAAUCGUGCAGAUGGCAGAGUCGCUGUAGAUAAAUAUGGAAGAGAUGAGAAAGUCAGCAGGAGAAAAGCCAAAAGAACUUACGAAUCUGGCUCUGAAAGUGGAGACUCAGAUGAGAGCGAAAGCAAGUCGGAGCAGAGGACUAAACGGCAGCCGAAGCCAACUUAUAAAAAGAAGCAGAACGACCUGCAGAAGAGGAAAGGCGAGGUCGAAGAGGACUCGAAGCCUAAUGGAGUUCUCAGCAGGAGCGCCAAGGACAAAAGUAAACUGAAGUUGCAGAACAGUAAUAGCGCUGGCGUUCCUCGUUCCGUGCUGAAAGACUGGCGGAAGGUCAAGAAGCUGAAGCAAACUGGAGAAUCAUUUCUGCAGGAUGACUCCUGCUGUGAGAUAGGUCCCAACUUACAGAAGUGCCGAGAGUGCAGACUUAUCCGGAGUAAGAAGGGGGAAGAAUCAACUCACUCACCGGUGUUUUGUAGAUUUUACUACUUUAGGAGAUUGUCCUUUAGUAAGAAUGGAGUAGUCAGAAUAGAUGGUUUCUCUUCUCCUGAUCAAUACGAUGAUGAAGCCAUGAGUUUAUGGACCCAUGAAAAUUAUGAAGAUGAUGAAGUAGAUGUUGAAACCUCUAAGUAUAUCUUGGACAUAAUAGGUGAUAAGUUCUGUCAGUUAGUAACGUCUGAGAAAACAGCGUUGUCCUGGGUGAAAAAGGAUGCCAAAAUUGCAUGGAAAAGGGCAGUUCGAGGUGUCCGGGAGAUGUGUGAUGCGUGCGAGGCCACACUGUUCAACGUCCACUGGGUUUGCCGCAAGUGUGGAUUUGUGGCUUGCUUGGACUGUUACAAGGCCAAGGAAAGGAAGAGUUCUAGAGAUAAAGAGCUGUAUGCUUGGAUGAAGUGUGUGAAAGGCCAGCCCCAUGACCAUAAGCAUCUGAUGCUGACUCAGAUUAUCCCUGGCUCUGUGUUGACAGACCUUCUUGAUGCCAUGCACAUUCUUAGGGAAAAAUAUGGUAUUAAAUCCCAUUGUCACUGUACAAACAGACAGAAUUUACAAGGUGGAAAUGUUCCUACAAUGAAUGGUGUGUCUCAAGUUCUACAGAAUGUUCUUCACCACAGUAAUAAGACUUCUGUGUCCCUGCCUGAGUCUCAGCAGCAGAACAGCCCUCAGAAAUCUCAGACUAACGGCAACAGUAGCCCUGGAAGUGCAAGUACAGACAGCAGGUUGACACCUCCAGAGUCCCAGUCACCGCUGCACUGGCUAGCUGAUCUUGCUGAGCAGAAAUCCAGAGAGGAAAAACAAGAAAACAAAGAAUUUACUCUUGAAAGGGAAAUCAAAGAAGAUGGAGACCAAGAUGCCUCUGAUUCUCCAAAUGGCAGCACAUCACCUCCAGCAUCCCAGAGCAACGAACAGGGUUCAACCCUACGUGAUUUGCUGACCACAACAGCUGGCAAGCUUCGUGUGGGCUCUACAGAUGCUGGCAUUGCCUUUGCGCCAGUAUAUUCAAUGGGAACCUCAAGUGGCAAAGGUGGCCGGACUAUGCCUAACAUUCUUGAUGACAUCAUUGCUUCAGUUGUUGAAAACAAAAUUCCACCAAAUAAAACCUCCAAGAUCAAUAUAAAAUCAGAACCUAAUGAAGAACCCAAAGAAAGCAGUCUGCCUGCCACGGAUGAAAGCAAUAAGUCUUAUCGUGACAUACCACAUUCUUGGAUCUGUGACCAGCAUAUUUUAUGGCUUAAAGAUUACAAGAAUAGUAAUAACUGGAAGCUUUUCAAAGAGUGCUGGAAACAAGGACAGCCUGCAGUGGUUUCCGGUGUGCAUAAGAAAAUGAACAUUAGCUUGUGGAAGGCAGAAUCAAUUAGUCUGGAUUUUGGAGACCACCAAGCUGAUCUCCUCAACUGCAAAGACAGCAUUGUUUCCAAUGCCAACGUUAAGGAGUUCUGGGAUGGUUUUGAAGAAGUGUCAAAACGUCAAAAAAACAAAGGUGGAGAAACAGUAGUAUUAAAGUUGAAAGACUGCCCAUCUGGGGAGGACUUCAAGGCCAUGAUGCCAACAAGAUAUGAAGACUUUUUAAGAUGUCUGCCAUUACCAGAAUAUUGCAACCCAGAAGGGAAGUUCAAUUUGGCCUCCCAUUUGCCAGGGUUCUUUGUACGCCCUGAUCUAGGACCCAGGCUGUGCAGUGCCUAUGGUGUUGCUGCUGCUAAGGAUCAUGAUAUAGGAACCACAAAUCUUCACAUUGAAGCUUCUGAUGUUGUCAAUGUCCUAGUCUAUGUCGGCAUAGCAAAAGGAAAUGGCGUCCUCUCAAAAGCAGGAAUACUUAAGAAAUUUGAAGAAGAAGAAUUAGAUGAUGUUUUAAGAAAAAGAUUAAAGGAUUCGAGUGAAAUCCCUGGUGCUCUAUGGCAUAUUUAUGCUGGAAAAGAUGUUGACAAGAUAAGGGAAUUUCUUCAAAAGAUUUCAAAAGAACAAGGCCUUGAAGUUCUGCCAGAGCAUGAUCCAAUCCGGGACCAAAGCUGGUAUGUGAAUAGAAAGCUCCGCCAGAGACUGCUUGAGGAAUAUGGGGUGAGAGCCUGCACUCUGAUUCAGUUCCUUGGUGAUGCCAUUGUUUUGCCAGCAGGAACACUUCACCAGGUACAAAAUUUUCACAGCUGUGUUCAGGUGACCGAAGACUUUGUCUCUCCAGAACAUCUUGUACAGUCGUUUCACUUAACACAGGAGCUGAGGCUUUUGAAGGAAGAAAUCAAUUACGAUGAUAAACUCCAGGUUAAGAAUAUCUUGUAUCAUGCAGUCAAGGAAAUGGUGAGAGCUCUGAAGAUGCAUGAAGAUGAAGUAGAGGAUAUGGAAGACACCUAAUUGCGGUUGGAACUGGGAUGCCCCUUGAGUGACGCUAGGUCUGACUUAAGCUCCAUUAAACCAUCAGUGCCAAGAAAUUCUCUUUGUAGUAAUUACUUGCUACUGACACCAUACCAGUAUAGCAUUAUGCCACAGCCCCUGUGAUUCAAUGCUAGCUAUAAACCAAGCUAAAUUUAAAAGCAGUACUAUAUAGCUGUUCCUGUAUCAUAGUGUAUAUGAUGUUUGUGAAGAUGCCAGAUUUAAAAUGAUGUAUUUAUUUUUGGUAAAAAAAAAAAUCUAUGCUAUAUUGUUGAUCAAGUGUAAAUGUGCUGUUGUACAGUUUAAUAAAAUAACUGAUAUUUUUCACUACAUUGAGACAGUUACUGUGAGACUAGGACACACCAGCUGUUGCCUGCGUUUGGGAAAUUGCUGGAUUGCACAGCAGUCACGUCAUAAUCAGAAAAUUACUGCCAAAUAAUUGUAAAAUGUGUAAAAUACAAAGUACAUAAAGUAGAUACUAAACUCAGACACUUCAAUAUUUUGUUGAAGCUAUUGACUGUACAAUUAAACGUUUUCAAAAGGUGUAAUUUAUUUAAAAUUGUCUCAUUUUGGUAAAAUUUAUGUGAAGUUUUAAAGCUAAAUAUUAAACUUAAUAUGCUAUGUAAAUAUAUACAUAUAUACAUUUAAGGAUGUAUUUUUUUAAAACAUUGGCUUGCUUUUGUUAAAGUGCAAGUGUUACAUAUGGCUUUGUACAUUACAGUUGAAAGGGGUUUUACAUUUUCCAUUAAAAGACUUUAUCAAGAA